GGGGAGCAGUGGGCUCUGUGGGGUUGGGGAAGGGCCUGGGGGGGUCCCGAGCCCCCCUUCUGUCCCCUCCAGGUGUUCCGCUACCUGCGGACGCUCCUGCCCGAGAGCGGCUUCAGCAUCCAGCGCUGCACCCGCUACAGCCGCGACACCAACGGGGCCAGGGUGGUCUCCACCCGCACCUGGCACAAGCACGAGACGCUGGAGCUGCUGGGGGGCUGCGGGGUGGAGCUGCGGGGCUCGGACCGGGCGCUGCUGCGGGCGGGCGACAACGACUUCAGCCUCAUGUACUCGACCCGCCGCAGGAGAACCCAGCUCUGGCUGGGGCCCGCGGCCUUCAUCAACCACGAUUGUCGGCCGAACUGCAGGUUCGUGUCGGCGCCGGGCGGGGCGCGGGUGCAGGCGCUGCGGGACAUCCCCCCCCGCGCAGAAAUCACCUGUUUCUAUGGCGACGGCUUCUUCGGCGAGGGCAACCGAGGCUGCGAGUGCCGCACCUGCGAGAGGCGCGGCGAGGGCGCGUUCCGCAGCCGCGGGGGGAGGGGCAGGGCGGCCCCCGCGCCCCUCCCCCCGCGGGACCCCCCCCCAAAAUACGAGCUGCGCGAGACCGACGUCCGGCUGCGGCGGCGGGGGGGGGGGGCGGGGCAGGACGGGAGCCCCCCGCCCCAAAAACGCCGCCGGAAACCCCCCCGGAAGCGGCGGCGGCGGCGCCCCCUCCCCACGGCCCUCGCCCCCCCCCAGCCCCGCGUCUCCCUGCACGACUGCGUGUCCUGCGGGGGGGGCUGCCGCCUGCGGGGGGGGGUCCCGCUGGUGCUCCUGGGGACCCCCAGACCCCCCCCCGACGCCCAGACCCCCCCCCGGCCCCCGCCGGACCCCAAACUCUCGCUGUACGCCCACGUGCGCCUGGGGGGGGGCUCCCCAAAAACGGGGGGGGGAGGGGAGGGGCAGGGCGGGACCCCCCCCCGGCUGCGGCUGGUGGUCACGCAGGGGGGGCUGGCCCUGGCGCUGCCCCCCCCCGGCCCCGCCGAGCCCUGAGACCCCCCCCCUCCCACCCCAAAAUCUGGGGGGGCUGGACCCCCCCACUUCGGGGGCUGGGAGGUCCCGGGGGGGCGUGGGCAUGGAUUGGGGGGGGGGGAACCCCCCUAUUUUUGGGGGGUUAGAGCCGGAUUUAGGGGGGCUGGACCCGGAUUUGGGGGGUCUGAGCUGGGAUUUUGGGGGGUCAGACCCGGAUUUGGGGGUUAGACCCGGAUUUGGGGAUUAGACCCGGAUUUUGGGGGGUCUGGACCCGGAUUUGGGGGGGUUAGACCCGAAUUUGGGGAUUAGACCCGGAUUUUGGGGGGGUCUGGACCCGGAUUUUGGGAGUUACACCCGGAUUUUGGGGCAUUAGACCCGAAUUUGGGGAUUAGACCCGGAUUUUGGGGGGUCUGGACCCGGAUUUGGGGGGGUUAGACCCGGAUUUUGGGGGGGUUAGACCCGGAUUUUGGAGGGUCAGACCCGGAUUUGGGGGGGUUAGACCCGGAUUUUGGAGGGUCAGACCCGGAUUUUGGGGGGGUUAGACCCGGAUUUUGGAGGGUCAGACCCGGAUUUUGGGGGUUAGACCCGGAUUUUGGGGGAUUAGACCCGGAUUUGGGGGAUCUGGACCCGGAUUUGGGGGCCUGAGACCCCCAUUUUGGGGUCUGGAUCCGGAUUUUGGGGGGGUUAGACCCAGAUUUAGGGGAUUAGACACGGAUUUUUGGGGUUAGACCCCCCCUUUUUGGGGAUUGGACUUGAAUUUGGGGGGUUUAGACCCCCAUUUGUGGGGUCUGGACCCAGAUUUUUGGGGUUAACCCCCCCUUUUUGGGUCCGGACCCGAAUUUUGGAGGUCACGCCCCCAUUUUUGGGGGUCCGGACCCGAAUUUUGGAGGUCACGCCCUCAAUUUUUGGGGUCUGGAUCCAGAUUUUGGGGAUCACGCCCCCAUUUUUGGGGUCCGGAUCCGAAUUUUGGGGGUCGCGCCCCCAUUUUUGGGGGUCCGGACCCGAAUUUUGGGGGGGGGGGGGGGCUGAGCCCCUCCUCCCCUCCCCCCGGUGCCA